AAGUGGUGCUGUAAAAAGUAGGAGUGUGGUGAUCGAAUAGAAAUAAAAAAAAACUAAAACCGAAACAUUUUCGAUGUGCAUUCGAGCAAUAAAUUUACAAAUACAAAUUUAUUUAAAGUCAAGUUGAAUGGUACUGUACCCAUAGAUUGGUGUUCCAUUGUCGAAUUGAUUCCGGUUUAAAGGGAAAGUGACACUGUAACAUCUCCAACAAGUAUGGCAAAAGAUGAUUUUCAAGAAAAUGGAUUGGAGGAAACACUUCCACUAAAUACAGAAUAUGUGAAAAAUAAAUUAAAAAUCCAAAAGACUAAAGAUGAGAAAAAGGAGGACAAAAAGGAGGAAAAAAAAGUCUCAUAUUUCCAACUGUUUCGUUACGCCACAUUGCAAGACAAAUUUUAUAUAGCUUUAGGUACUCUAUGUGCAGUAAUAUGUGGCUGUAUUCAGCCUUACGUAAUGAUAAUUUUUGGAGAUGUUACCGAAGUCAUUAUUCAAUACGCUGAAACUUUAAAGAAAAACAAUUCGGAAAUUAACGAAACACAAGCUGUAGAUGAUCUUUUUAAGGGUGUAACAAAUUUUGCAAUCUAUUCCUCAUGCUCUGGGAUUGUGAUGAUAAUUACGACUUAUUUGGCUGGAAUACUUUUCACAUCUAGUGCCUUAAGACAGAUUUUUCAUAUUAGAAAAUUAAUUUUGCAAAGGACUUUAAAUAUGGACAUUUCUUGGUACGAUCUCAAUAAAACUGGAGAUUUUGCGACCACAUUCACAGAUAAUUUGUCAAAAAUUGAGGAAGGAAUAGGCGAAAAAGUUGGCAUAUUUAUAUUUUUUGAAACAAUUUUUGUUACUGGGAUUGUAAUGGGCCUUGUCUUGGGUUGGGAACUGGCAUUAAUUUGUCUCAUAUCACUACCAGUGUCAUUCGCUGUCGCAUUCUUAAUUUCAUGGUUAUCAACAAAAUUUUCAAAACAAGAACUCGAAGCGUAUGCCACUGCUGGAGCCAUCGCUGAGGAGGUUAUAAGCUCAGUACGAACAGUCGUGGCUUUCGACGGCCAAGAAAAAGAGUUUGAACGAUACGAAAAAAACCUAGAAGCUGCAAAAACCAACAACAUCAGAAAAAAUCUAUUUUCCGGGUUAAGUAAUGCUGUCAUGUGGUUUUUCGUAUUUGCUUCCUACGCUUUGUCAUUUUGGUACGGCGUUGGGUUGAUUUUAAAAGAGAAGGAUUUGCCCUAUGAAGAGAGAGUUUACACUCCUGGAAAUAUGGUCUCUGUCUUUUUUUGUACUCUAAUCGCGUCGUGGAAUUUCGGAACUGGCGCUCCUUAUUUCGAAAUAUUCGGAACGGCAUGUGGAGCUGCUGCAAAGGUUUUCGAGAUUUUAGACACAAAACCCGAAAUCAAUCUCUCCAAAAACAAAGGCUUGAAACCAAAAGGCUUGAAAGGUGAUAUAGUUUUUAAGGACGUUUCUUUUCAUUAUCCUUCUCGACCUGAUGUGAAGAUUUUACAAAAUUUCAGUAUUGAUAUUAAGGCAGGUCAAACUGUAGCUCUAGUGGGAAGUUCUGGUUGUGGAAAAUCAACUUGUAUCCAACUGAUCCAGAGAUUCUACGAUGUUGUGUCUGGCACUGUCACCAUUGACGACAAUAACAUCAAAGAAUUGAAUUUAUCUUGGCUGAGGAGUAAAAUUGGAGUUGUGGGUCAAGAACCAGCGCUUUUUGGGGCCACAAUCGCUGAAAAUAUAAGAUUCGGGAACGUUUCAGCAACUCAAAGUGAUAUUGAAAAAGCUGCCAAAAAAGCCAACGCUCAUAACUUCAUCCAGAAGUUGCCUCGAGGUUACAAUACUGUUGUUGGUGAAAGAGGAGCCCAACUUUCAGGUGGUCAGAAACAAAGAAUUGCUAUUGCUAGAGCAUUAAUACGGGAACCUAAAAUUCUCUUACUUGAUGAAGCCACGUCGGCUCUUGAUACCACGAGUGAAGCGGAGGUUCAAGCAGCCCUUGAUGCUGUCAGUGGCGAGUGUACCACUAUCAUUGUAGCUCACAGAUUAUCGACAAUAAGGAAUGCUAAUCGAAUUGUGGUCGUUUCUCAAGGAACAGUUAUCGAAGAAGGCACUCACAGUGAACUAAUGGAGAAGAAAGGCGCUUACUUCGAUUUAGUACAGUCGCAGGGGUUGUCUGAAACUGAAGAAACAACUAAAGAAGAACAACAAAGACAGAACGGUGUUGUCGAGAUGACUAAAACCAGUGAAACGGCAGUUGCUGAAGGGAUUUCCACUGAAGAUUUAAACGACACCAAAGAAGAAAAUAAAGGGAGUGCAAUAAUACAAAUUUUAAAAAUGAAUAAACCAGAGUGGUUUCAUAUCUUGACAGGAUGUAUAACUUCGGUCAUAAACGGUUCAGCUCUUCCUAUUUACGGAUUAGUUUUCGGUGAUAUAAUUGGUGUGCUCGCUGACCCUAGAGAUUCUUUUGUUCGAGAGCAAAGUAAUUUGUUUUCUCUGUACUUUGUGAUCAUCGGGAUUAUAACAGCUGUUGCUACGUUCAUGCAGAUUUAUUAUUUUGCUGUCGCUGGAGAAAAACUGACUAAACGACUGCGUGCAAAAAUGUUCAGAGCAAUGUUAAACCAAGAAAUGGCCUGGUUUGACAGAAAAGAAAAUGGUGUUGGGGCACUAUGUGCAAAAUUAUCAGGAGAGGCGGCUAGUGUACAAGGUGCUGGUGGAAUUCGAAUUGGAACAGUACUUAACUCCCUUGCAACAUUUAUAAUAGCCAAUACAAUAGCAAUUUAUUUCGAAUGGAGAUUAGCAUUAGUUUUGAUAUCCUUCUCACCCAUAAUAUUACUAUCGGUUUUCUUUGAACAAAAAUUCACACAGGGCGACUCUCGAGUGAAUCAGAAGUAUUUAGAAAAUUCCGCAAAAAUAGCCGUAGAAGCUAUUGGAAACAUUAGAACAAUUGCCUCCCUAGGAUGCGAAGAAGUUUUUUACGGAUUUUAUGUCAAAGAGUUAACUCCAUAUGUGGCUAAUAUUAAGAAACAAAUGCACUUUAGAUCCGUUGUUUUGGGCGUUGCUAGAAGUAUAAUGCUUUUUGCGUAUUCUGUCGGAAUGGGUUAUGGAGCAAAAUUGAUGACAGAUUCUGAUGUAGAUUACGGAACAGUAUUCAUAGUUUCAGAAACUGUAAUAGUCGGCUCGUGGUCGAUCGGUAAUGCAUUUUCCUUCUCCCCGAACUUCCAGAAAGGGUUGUCCGCCGCUGAACGAAUAUUCACAUUACUGAAACGUGUGCCUGAAGUUAAAAACUCACUCAAACCCGUUUAUUUAAACGACGUCCGAGGAGAUAUUGAAUACUCAAAUGUGUAUUUCUCAUACCCCACUCGGUCCUCAGUAUCAAUAUUAAACGGCCUAAAUUUGAACGUAUUUCAAGGAAAAACCGUAGCUUUAGUGGGUUCGAGUGGUUGUGGCAAAUCGACCAUUAUCCAGCUAUUGGAAAGGUUUUAUGAUCCGGUCACCGGUGAGGUUUCCCUAGACGAUGAAUCGGUAAAAAAUGUGGACAUACAAAAUCUGCGAUCACAUCUUGGUAUUGUCUCACAAGAACCCAACCUUUUCGAUAGAACAAUAGCCGAAAAUAUUGCUUAUGGAGCCAACCAUCGAACAGUUAACAUGAAUGAAAUAGUCGAAGCUGCCAAAUCAGCCAAUAUUCAUACUUUCAUCUCAUCUUUACCAGGGGGCUACGAAACGAGUUUGGGUAGCAAAGGAGCCCAGUUAUCUGGAGGCCAAAAACAGAGAGUUGCUAUUGCUAGGGCUUUAAUUAGGAAUCCGAGGAUUUUGUUACUCGAUGAAGCAACUUCAGCAUUGGAUAACGAAAGUGAAAAAGUGGUACAAGAAGCUUUAGAUAAUGCAAAGAAAAAUAGGACCUGCAUCACAAUUGCACACAGAUUAACUACGAUCCAAGACGCCGAUGUUAUUUGUGUCUUAAAUGAAGGAAUUGUAGCUGAAAUGGGCAAACACAAUGAGUUACUAGAGAAAAAGGGUCUCUACUACGACUUCUACAAAUUACAAACCGGACAAAAAUAGUAAAGUUUGUAAUCAUGUUGUAAACAUACUGAUUUAGACUUACUGUAUUUGUGAGCACAAUUGUUAAUUUAGUUAGCCAUCUGUAUUUUUUAAUUAAAUGAUCUUUCAGA